AACAUAAAAAUGUCCAAACGAAAUAUAAUAUUCCACCCCAUUAUCAGCUCUAUUCAACGGAUAGCCUUGUAUGAAACUAAAGCGAGGUUUUAUCUCAUUGGUUCAAACAAUACACAAACCAGAUUUCGUGUACUUAAAAUAGAUAGAACUGAUCCUAGAGAAUUGAUAUUAGUUGAUGAUAAAGUGGAGUACAACAAGCAAGAAAUACACCAGUUAUUGAACAUGAUUGGCUUUGGCAACAGGGGAAAUAGAUCACCGGGCUUUAAUAAACUUGUUUCUGCAUUUGGAAUUGUUGGCUUCAUAAGAUUUUUGGAAGGAUACUAUAUUAUAUUAGUUACUAAAAGAAGAAAAAUAGCUGUGAUUGGUCCACAUUCCAUUUACAAAAUAGAAGAUACAGCCACAAUCUAUAUACCGAGUGACAACAGUAAGCCACCGCAUCCUGAUGAGCAAAGAUAUCUCAAAAUGUUCCUAGCAAUUGAUUUAUCAACUAAUUUCUAUUAUAGCUACAGCUAUGAUAUAACACAUACUUUGCAAAUGAACAUGGCACCUCCGAGAAAAUUAGCUCCUGCAUUAUUUCCCAAACCUAUUACAGCAGCUGUGUAUCACUCAAAUUUGAAUUCAGAAAACAGUGAAGAUAAUAAAUGCAUCUGCAACGAUGGUGAAGAUGAUGAUGAAGACAUAUUUGAAACAUGGAAACAGCAAUUGCAACAACGACAGAAAAAAAUUGGGGGACAAAGUCAAAGACUCGAGUUUGGCAUCAGAACAGUACCUGAGUGGAGAUUUGUUUGGAACAGCCAUUUGCUAUCGGCUGUACAUUCAUACCUACAUCCAGAUUGGAUAUUAUAUAUAGUCCAUGGUUUUAUAGAACAAAGCAACUUAAAUAUAUUUGGUAGACCAAUUUACCUUACACUUAUAGCUAGAAGAAGUAACAGAUAUGCUGGAACUAGAUUUCUAAAAAGAGGUGCCAACCUACAUGGUGAUGUUGCUAAUGAAGUGGAAACUGAACAGAUUGUUCAUGAUUCAAUGAUAUCUUCAUUUACUGCUGGCAGGUUCAGUUCAUUUGUGCAAAUGAGGGGUUCUAUACCCAGUUAUUGGUCACAGGAUAUAUCGAAGAUGGUGCCCAAGCCAGCCAUAUCUAUAGACCUAAGUGAUCCUUAUGCUGAAAUACCAGCGAAACAUUUUAAUAACCUCAUGAGGAGAUACGGUUCUCCAAUCAUGAUAUUAAAUCUAGUCAAGAAGAGAGAGAAGAAGAAACACGAAUCUCUUUUAACCGAUGUGAUAAGUAAUGCUGUGAAAUAUUUAAAUCAAUUCUUACCACCGGAGCACGCCAUACAGUAUUUCCAUUUAGAUAUGGCGAGAAUGAAUAAAGGAGCAGAUGCCAAAGUUUUAGAUAAAUUAUCCGCAAUAGCUCGUACAGUAGUUCGUCGCACGGGUAUAUUCAUGAGCUGUAAGGGCUACGACGACGAGAGCGGUGUGCCAGGUCACCAGGCUGGCCGCUUGCAGACUGGGGUUGUGCGAGUGAACUGUGUCGAUUGUCUGGACAGGACGAAUACUGCACAAUUUGCAAUCGGAAAAUGUGUACUAGCUCAUCAGCUUUACGCUCUAGGUCUUAUCGGGGAGCCAGUUAUAGAAUUUGAUUCAGAUUGUGUGAGACUUCUGGAAGGUUUGUAUGAAGAUCAUGGUGACACACUCGCGCUGCAGUAUGGAGGCUCUCAGUUAGUUCAUAGGAUAAAAACUUAUCGAAAAACUGCUCCCUGGUCGUCUCACGGGAAUGAUAUAAUGCAGACACUAAGCAGAUAUUAUUCCAAUACGUUUUCUGAUGCUGAAAAACAGAACACGAUGAAUUUGUUCCUGGGACUCUUCAUCCCGGAUCCGACCAAGCCGGCAAUUUGGGACUACCCUACUGAUUACUACUUUCAUCACCCUGAAGCAAUGGUUUAUAUACCAAAUAGAAGGUCGUUAACAAAGUGGUGGGAUGAUGAGGUGGUGCGUCACCUGCCACUGCCCAGCAACGAGAUGCGCAAGCUGUGCUGCGAGAUCAUCGGCACUCAGGGUGACGGCGCACUCGAGAUGCUCGACCCCUACCAAGAGUACAACCGCCCAUUCGAAUACACCGUCUUUACUGAAUGCUUCGAGUUCAAAAUGUUCCAUACGCUCCGAGAUUUAGCCCCAUCCUCAGAGAGCUGCAGUCCGUUCGUGGUGCGCGGGCGCAGCGUCGGCCAGAGCAAGGGUCCCGCCUCCAAGAACCCUGUUAUUAGCGGACGAUCCAGCACCACAUCUAACAACUCCAGCGAUUCCAAUAGCGGCUCGUCAUCGGACGACGACCUGACCAGUUCUACGCCCAGCUCCCGGCAGAUCAAUCCAUCCCCACUUUCUCUGGUGGACAAGCUGCUCUCACCCGAGGAGCCCGAAGACCAGCCCAUGUUCCCUGCCAUCAAACGAUCCAAUGCCAUUGCAUUGAAGCAACCAAGCAAGAGAGAUAUGAUUGUUUAUAGGCGAUAUGUGAACUUCGAGCGGCGAUCGAACCCGCAGUACGAGCCGGACAUACACAUCGUGAUGACUGUCAGCAGCGCAUUCACCAUUGACAGCACGAUCGACGUCAUCCCGCCAACAGUUACCAAAGCCUCCAAAGAAAUAUAUCAGAAUUACGUUCAAAGGAACAGCGGAAGAAUAACCGUACCAGCCGCCUCCCUCGCUUUGUAUAAGAAAUAUGUCAAUUUUAAUGUUAAAUAAUUUAUUAAAAUUAUA